AUGCUCGUCCAAGAACGGGCACGGCGUUCCAACGCCGGCAAUCGCAUGCAGGAGCUGCUGGCUCGCGGCGAGUUUGAGGCGGAUGACAUGUUUCUCGAGGCAGAGAACGACGUCGAGUUCGAGGCGCGCGAGGAAGAGCCUGAUAUCGUUGAUUCUGACUUUGACGGGAAUAGCACCGAGGAAGAGAGCGACGAGGAUGUCGAGGCGGAAGAAUCCAUCGCUCGCGAAGAGAAGCGGCAGCGCAAAGCAGCUAAGCCUGUUGUGCGCACGCUUGCGCAGCCUAAAGGCCCUUCGGCUCCUGCUCCUGCGCGCCCACGCGCGCCACGGACCAUGCCAUCGGUCGUGCCGCCUGGUGGCGUUCGAAGCAGCUCACGUCGCUCGACGGUGGAAAACAAGAUGGCUACGCAGACCAAGCUUCAAGAGGCCGAAGCACGUCGUGCGAGCGUUAGGGCUCGCCCUGCGAAGCGGGUCAAGCACUUGACGCAGGAUGCCUUGAUUCGUGAAGCGCUCGAGAUGGAGGAGGAAAAUACUCAGAGCCUAUUGCAUUACCUCGAGCAGGAAGAGGAACGGAAGGCGCGGCAGCGCCAGGCAGGCAAGAAGCACAUGUCAGGGCCCUUUGUGCGCUGGAUUAGCGUGGGUCUGGAUCAGAAUAUAUUCAACUCUAUCGAGGUGCGAGAUGCCAAGGCGAAAAAGGAGCCACCGUCGGAGGAACGCGAGAAUGCAUUCCCCCAAAGGACUGAGGCACAGGCCGCGAGGGAGAUACCCGAGAGAACGACACCUCUACCAACUGAGGAAGCGGGCCCUGAACCUGAUAGCGGGGCCGCCGAACCUCGUACCGAAGCGCCGAACGAAUCUCGCGAGGCGCCCAACGAAGUUGCCGAGCCUCACAGCGAAGCGCCGAACGAGGCCACCGAACGUCACAGCGAGGCUCCUAUCGAGUCACGCGAAGCGCCGAACGAGGCCACCGAACGUCACAGCGAGGCCCUGAGUGAAUCUCGCGAAGCGCCGAUCGAGGUUGCCGAGCCUCGCAGCGAGACCCUGAGUGAAUCUCGCGAAACGCCGAACGAGGCCGCCGAACCUCACACCGAGGCUCCUAUCGAGUCUUGCGAGGCCGUUCAGCCGCCGAGUCUAGCAUGCAGCGAGCCGAACGAGUCAGCUCAAGAGACCCACCCUCCCCUAGCCCCAUCGCAUGCGCCGAUGGAACCGGCCGCUUCUACGGACCCUGAUACCCCUUCUUCGACGGAAAAGACGGCUCGCACGAUUCUCUCACUCCAUGGCCUGGAGCCUGGGGCGACGUGGGUCGACGAGUUUCGAUACCUGCUCGGCGACCACUGUGCAUGGGACCGGCUGCCGUUUGUCCCAUCACGCAACCGGCCGUACCGUCCACGGCAAAGUACGUGUGUCAUUACAGGCCUACCUGCUCGUUAUCGCGACCCGCGCACGGGUAUACCUUAUGCUACGACCGAAGCAUACGCCACGAUCGAGCGCGUGCUGCGUGGUGAGUACGUGUGGACGGGCUCAGUGCACCGCUCUGUGGCGUUGUCUGCCGGUAUGUUGGCCGCGGCCCACGACGACGGUGGCGCAGGUGGCGUGUUUUUACGUAGUCCAGGCGUAGAACGUUGA